AUGGGCUCAAUUUUGUUCAGAUUGUGGGCCAUUGUCUUCCGCAACAGCAACAACAACAGCAGCACCUGCACCAAUCACAACAACCAGAAGCGAUGCAGCACGCCCUUGACGCCGACCAGCACCAGCACCGGCCGGUUGGAGGUGCCUGGGGCAUCGGUCAGUCGACGCAGCAGCAUUUACAAGAAGCCGGACAAGAACGAUGGGGGUCAAAUCCAUAUGAUACCCGAUGUGGAGCUGCCGCUGAUGACAUUCGCCGAUCAGUACAAUAUCGAGAAGACGCUGGCCGAGGGCUGCUUCGCCAAGAUAUUGCUCUGCCGGCACCGGCCGACCAACACCACGGUGGUGCUGAAGGCGGUGCAUGCCGAGCUGACCACGAUCAAGGAGUUCCAGAAGGAGUUCCACUACAACUACGAGCUAUCGCAUCACCAUCACAUACUCAGCGCCUAUGCGGUGGCCUUUCAGACCAUGGACUACUACGUGUUUGCCAUGGAGCAUGCGCCAUACGGAGAUCUCGCUUCGAACAUCGGACCGAAUGGUUUGCAUGAGACGGCCUGUAAGCUGAUCGCAGAGCAAUUGAGCUCGGCGUUGGGAUUCAUGCACUCCAAGAAUCUGGUGCAUCGGGACCUUAAGGUUGAGAACGUGCUGGUCUUUACGCCGGACUUUACACGCGUCAAGCUAUGCGAUUUUGGGGCAACGACCAAGAAGGGUCUGCUCGUGCACAAGGUGAAGCAUACGUGGACCAGCUGUGUGCCGCCCGAGCAAUUGGAGUUGAUCAAGAAUGAGCGCUUCCAGUGCUUGCCCAUCAGCGAUUCCUGGCAAUUCGGCAUCUUGCUGUACAACAUUCUGACGGGCAAUCCGCCUUGGCUAUCCGCCGAUUGGGUCAAGGAUCCGGCGUAUGCUAACUUCAUGAAAUACGAGCAGCGCAAGACGACCAAGGUACCAGAGAACUUUCGACGCUUCUCGCCGCGUUUGAUGCGCUGCUUCCGCAAGUACUUGACGCACGAUACAGAGGAACGGUGCAAGAUCACCGAGGUGAACAAAUACAUGAAGGAUCGCUGGGUUGAGUGUCGCAUCUCGGCCUCGAAAUCGGCCACGCUGAUCUCGCCCACGCCACAGGAUCAGGACUCGUGCAUCUAUCUGAAUCAGCGAGAGGGACGCCUGUCUGGGGACGAGAACAAAUUGCGCUUUAAGCGCAUGAUGUCCAGCUAUGGCCUGGACGUACCCAUUGAUCAGGGCAUGGUGCGAAAGCGCGUCUGGGAUUGGCUAUCCACGUGCGACGCUAGCUUCGAUCCGGAAGUAGAAAGCUUGCAUGCAUUGGAAAUGUAGAGAGCUGCGAUAUGUCUAAGAGAAUUUUUUCAGAUCUAUAAGAUCUAGGAGAUUGAUUAG